GCGGCGCGUUACUGACUGCUGCGCUGCCGCCGGCAGGGGCAGUCGCCGCCGUGGCAGCAGCAGCAGCACCGACCGGGCGCCGCUGUCGGAAGCCGAGGCAGGCAGGACGCCCCGCUGCUUGGAGCCGGCCCCGGCGCGGCUGCGCUUUUCAGCGGCGGAGCCGCUCGGCCCCAGCCCUGCUCGGCGUCGGCAGCGCACGGCCAUGGGAUGGCGAGCACCCCCGCGCCGGGGCUGCCGCCCAGCCCCAGCCUGAACGACAACAACCGUGGCGUGAGGAAGUGCGGCUACCUGCGCAAGCAGAAGCACGGCCACAAGCGCUUCUUCGUGCUGCGCAGCCCCGGCGGCGGUGGGGAGGAGGCGAGGGGUGCCCGGCUGGAGUACUACAAGAGCGAGAAGAAAUGGAGGAACAAGUCUGGGGCGCCCAAGCGGGUGAUUGCACUGGACUCGUGCCUCAGCAUCAACAAGCGGGCGGACGCCAAGCACAAGUACCUCAUCGUCCUCUAUACCAAGGACGAGUACUUUGCUGCAGCGGCCGAGAACGAGCAGGAGCAGGAGGGCUGGUACAGCGCCCUCAGUGACCUGCUGAGCGAGGGCAAGGCGGCUGCUGGCUCCCUGCUGGCCGCUGGUGAGGAGCCCAACUACGGGCUGGUGAAGCUGGCCUCUACUGCCUACCAGGAGGUCUGGCAGGUGAUGCUGAAGCCCAAGGGCUUGGGGCGGAGCAAGAACCUCACCGGCAUACACCGCCUCUGCCUCUCGGCCCGCACCAUCAGCUUUGUGCGCCUCAGCUGCGAGCUUCCCUCAGUCACGCUGCACCUGAUGAACAUCCGCCGCUGUGGCCACUCAGACAAAUUCUUCUUCAUCGAGGCGGGCUGCUUGGCCGCCACCGGGCCCGGCGAGCUGUGGAUGCAGGCAGACGACUCGGUGGUGGCCCAGAACAUCCACAAGACCAUCCUGGAGGCUAUGAAGGCUCUAAAGGAGCUGUCUGAGUUAUGGCCCCGCCGCAAGAGCCAGUCGUCCUCCUCCUCCUCCUCUGGAGGGGCGGCCAGCAGCGGUGGCCCCUCGGCCACGCACCCCAUCACCGUGCCGGGCCGCUGGCGAUGCCGCCGCCUGGUCAACCUGCCACCCAGCCAGACUGGCCUGUUUCGCCAUUCCCGCACCGACAGCCUGGAUGCUGGCGGCAGGGCCAUGCCGUGCCUUAUGCGGAUGGCCAGCAAGGGUGACGCCUGCCGGGUGGGCUCGGCUGCCAGCAGCCCCAUAAGCUCUGGCCCUGUUCGGACCCCAUUCAGCCGCUCACACACGCUGAGCGGCAGCGAAAGAUGGCUGGCGGGGAAGCUGUUCCCGGUGAUGGCCAGGGGUGGGCUGCAAAGCAGCCGCUCCAUGUACAUGCCUGCCUCCCACUCGCCCCCCUCCAGCACUAGCCCCAUCAGUCUCUCCUCCAGCCACACAGUGCCUUCACCCCUGUGGCACAGCCCAACCGAGGGCUUCCUCUGCCAGCGGUGCCAGCGGGCCGUCCGGCCCAGCUGCCUCUCUCUGGAGACCUUGUGGACGAUGCUGCCCAGCAUGAACGAGCACCCCUUGCCUCCUGAGCCCAAGAGCCCCAGGGAAUACAUCAACAUUGACUUUGGGGAUGCUGCUGUGUAUUCUCCCCCCUCACUGCCCGCUGACAGCCUGGCCUCCUCCCUGGGCUCGUGCACGGGGCAGAGGCACUCCCCUCUCUCCGACUACAUGAACAUGGACUUCAGCUCACAGUCACUGUCCCAGUCAGGCAUGGUCUCAGUGGGCUCCUUGGAAGCGCUCUCACCUGGCUCUUCCUCCAGCACCAGCCAGCCCAAUGGACGCUACAUGAAGGUGGCCGCGGGGGUGGCCUGUCUGUCCAGCCCAUCCAACAGCGAGGAUUACACUGAGAUGACCUUUGGCAUGGCCACCACCCCACCCCAGCCCAUCGUUCAGAAGCCAGAAAGUACUCGGGUCACCAGCCCAAAGGCCGAGGUGAAGAGGCUCACCCUCUCUGGGAUGGAGGCCUUCAUUCUUUCCAGCCCACUCAGCCGCAGGGCUGAGGUCAUUCGGGCUGACCCCCAGGGGCGCAGGAGGCACAGCUCAGAAACUUCCUCCUCCACCACCACUGUGACCCAUGUGUCCCCCUCCUUUGCACACAACCCCAAAAGGCACAACUCAGCCUCAAUGGAGAACGUGUCCCUCAGGAAAAGCAAAGGCCAGGAGGAGGAGCAGGGCAGCAGCCCCAUGUGCUAGGAGACCUCGGCUGGCUUCCAGAAUGGCCUCAACUACAUCGGCGUCGACUUGUUGGAUGGCAGCCUGGCAGGCUGUGACAAAGCCGGGUCAAAAGCCAGGCAUGUCCUGAACAGAGAUGUCAACGGAGUGGAGAUGAGCACCUAUGCCAGCAUAGACUUUCUGUCUCACAACCUGAAAGAAGCAAGUCCUGUGGAAAGUGAGUAGCUACACCGGAUGGUGCUUGUCUGGGGUGGGUUUGUUCCUCGUGGUGGGACUGGGUUUUGUGGCAGAGAGUGCUCUCCCGUCUCUCUUCAAAAUCACCUUUCCCAAACACAUGCUGUAAUCACCAGUCUUCAAGGAGUUUGCUGCCUCUUUGUAUGAGGGAAAGGUUUACUUUGGGGAUAUUCCUUUGUGUUUAAAUUCUGCUGGGCUGUCACGAAAACACCAGGCUUGGGUGUGCUAUCA